CAAGAAGCAAACCCGCGACGUUGGCGGCCUUCGAUAAAAGGGUUCUUCGGCGCGCAUCGGCGGUUUCUGUUCGUUUUUUCUUUUAGAGCGACAUGGCGCGGUACCUGAGACCACCAAAUACUUCUCUUUUCAUCAGGAAUAUUUCCGAUGAAAGCAGAAAAUGUAAAGACAUACAGUUCUGGAGACCGUCCCUCCAAAGAGUAUUUAAGAGUAAAGACCGAAGUAGAUUAGAUUGAAGCCAAAGAACCCGUAAGGAUUCAGGCGCCAAGCGAUAGAGGGGAAAGAAAGAGAAAAGUUAAAGCUCGAAGAUUCAAAGAGGAGAAAGAGGGCACCUGUUCCAAACAGAGAGAGGAAAAGAGCAAAAGAUAAUGGGGCAAAGACAAGCAGGAAAACCCUCUCAAGGCCUUCUGGGAAGCGCUUAAAGAGAAUAAAGGUCAAGCUCAAGGUCAAGCAUGUUAAAGGUAACGAGUAUUAACUUUUGUAUCCUACCUCUGCUGCGGUCUGUGCAUUGUCCCUUUUCCCCCUCCCUCCACUCCAAAGUCAGUUUUCUAAUCUUACCUGUGCUUUAAGUACUUCAGAGUUGAUCCAUGUUAAUUUCGUAAUUCUGCUUUGCCGAAAGAUUUCAUCGAUGACCAAUUUCUGAACGCUUAAAAUGAAAAUUGAUUCCGUAAUUACCUCUCCCCUGUUUAUGAUUUCUCCCCAUUCAGCUCAUUUUGCUUUCUCUAUUAUAUUAAUAAUGUAACAUGUUACUGCUGAAAUGAGCUCGGUGUCCUCAGAGAUUCUGUCUGGUGAAUGUGUGUCGUUGUGAUUUAGCCUGUGUGUCAGUGUGGUUUUAAAAUGGAAAGCCUUAACAGCAUUAGCACGUUCGAGGACGUCCGUGACGCCGAAGAUGCUCUCCACAACCUUGACCGGAAAUGGGUCUGCGGACGGCAGAUCGAAAUUCAGUUUGCCCAAGGAGACCGAAAAACCCCGACUCAAAUGAGGACGAAAGAACGCCAUUCUCCUCGCAGCUUCUCCAGAUACGACGAUUACGAGCGCGAUGGGCGUUACCGACGUUCCCGGAGUCGCAGCUACGACAGACGCCGCUCACGCAGCCAGUCGUACGAGCGCAGACCUCGUCGUUCUGAUAGUCCCAGAGACUCUCGUUAUGGCAGACACAGGCGAAGCCGAAGCCGUGACAAUGACAGGUCGAGGCACGGGCGAGAUCACGGCCGAGGGCACCGGGGCGCUCCGUCUCACAGCCGCUCGGGUUCACGCUCCCCCUCUCCCGACACCAGGAUCAAGAUGAAAAGCAGGAAGUCGCGUUCAGGGUCUCGUUCUCCCCGUCCAGCUGCAUGCGAUGACGCUCCACAGUCCAGCGGCGCACGAGAGGAUGAAGACACCCGCGCCCGAUCGGCAUCUCGUUCCUGCUCUCGCUCGGUCUCGCGCUCGCGUUCACGCUCCAGAUCCUGGGCAGGACGCAAAUCCGGAGGCCAUUAGGAGACUUUGUGCGUUAAUACUGUAACUCGUGCAGCUCUGGCACACUGUAAAUCCCACCGUGUAAAGGCUGUUUUACUUUGGUUAACUUUUGUUUCUGCAGUUUUGCUUUGGGGGGAAAACAUGAUUUCUUGCUUUCAGGAUCAGUUCUGUUCGAUUUAUCAUCCUGCAUAAUAAUGAAUCAGUGUUGCUUUUUUUUUUUUUUUUUUUUUAAUUUAAAUUUAAUAGCUGUUUUGUCCCUCAGUUGUCCACUUUAGAGAUUCACCAAAAAAAAAGGGUCUAGUCCUCUGUACAUGCCUUUGAUCAAAAAGGACCGUUUUAUAUUGAAUUUAUUCUGUUUAGGCAAUAGUUAGAAAAGGACGUGUUGUAGAGUGCAGUAUUUUGUGUGUAUAUUUUCUCUAUUGGAUUCGAAUGCUUUUGGUUUGUACAAAAAAUUUUAAUCCAGUCGUUUCUCUUGCGAGAGAUUAAACAGGGUGUUUUUUUUUUUUUUUUUUUUUCUUAACCAAAAGCUGAUGGUAAAUGUAUCCCUGAUUCCAUGUAGCUGAAACUACACCAAUGUAUGUUUUACUCUCUUCAUUCUGGGCCGGAUCAGAGAAAAAGCUCGUGUGAAUAAAAACUUUGGUUGUUUAAAA